CAGUGCGUGUGGAGUCCAUUAGGGUUCUGCAGCUGUUUGGAGAAAAAACAAUAACACGAACCGGGGAGAAACAGGCACAGCAGCCGGGUUAUCGGAGCUCUGAAUCCCGGGAGCCCGCAUUCUCCUUUCCCAUCCCGGGCUUCACCGGCUUCUAACCACGGCCGCUCUCGGUGAGGAAACUCUGGCCUCCGCUUCCUCCUCCUCCGACUCGGACACCGGCGGAGCGUCGCCGCCCCCGCGGAAAAAACACCGAGCCUCGGCGGCGGAGGGAGCAGGAGAGCCCGGGGCUUCGACAGGGACAGCAGGCCUAUCUGCGGUUGUUUUGGGACUUGCUGCUUCUGUGCACCCUCAACCGACCUCUGCCAUUCACUUUAACCGAAACGUCGCCAGCAACCUUAGCACAAAUAUGCAGUCAAACGGGGCAGGCCAGGGACAGGACUCGGAUCUUUCCUGCCUCAAUAACGCACAAAACGGGGAGUCUUCCUCGGCCGGGGGCUCGCACUCAAAUGGGCUUCUUUCCAGCUCCAACAAUGGGAAUAAUAUCGGUACCAAUAACGGGGCUUCAGUCGGCCCAGCCUCUGGGACUUCAGGCGCUUCCACAGCCACAGGUUCGGGGUCUGAAGUCGGGUCCAUGAAGAAGAAAAAACGUCUCUCACAGUCGGAGGAAGAUGUCAUCCGAUUAAUAGGGCAACACCUUCAUGGGUUAGGGCUAAAUCAGACAGUGGAUUUGCUGAUGCAGGAGUCUGGAUGUAGAUUGGAACACCCCUCUGCCACCAAGUUUCGGAACCACGUGAUGGAGGGAGAAUGGGACAAGGCCGAAAAUGACCUGAAUGAGCUGAAAGCUUUGAUGCACUCUCCCAACGCUAUUGUGAGGAUGAAGUUUUUGCUGUUGCAGCAGAAAUAUUUGGAGUACUUGGAAGAUGGAAAAGUUUUAGAAGCCUUGCAGGUCCUGAGAGGAGAACUGACACCCCUCAAAUACAACACAGAGCGCAUUCACGUACUCAGUGGGUACCUGAUGUGCAGUCAUGCUGAGGACCUGAGAGCCAAGGCUGAGUGGGAGGGCAAAGGUCAAAGUUCACGCUGCAGACUCCUGGACAAACUACAGACAUACCUACCCCCCUCGGUCAUGCUCCCGCCGCGGCGUUUGCAGACCCUGCUCCGCCAGGCUGUGGAGCUGCAGAGAGAUCGCUGUCUUUACCACAACACCACACUGGACAACAGCCUGGAGUCAGCCUCACUGCUCCUGGACCAUGUCUGCAGCAGGAAACAGUUUCCGUGUUACACACAGCAGAUCCUGACGGAACACUGUAAUGAGGUGUGGUUCUGUAAGUUCUCCAAUGACGGAACCAAACUGGCCACCGGUUCUAAAGACACCACUGUCAUACUGUGGCAGGUCGACCCAGACACACACCAGUUGAAGCCGCUGCGGACUCUGGAGGGACAUGCGUAUGGGGUGUCGUAUUUGGCCUGGAGUCCAGAUGACACCUAUCUGAUUGCAUGUGGACCAGAUGACUGCUCUGAACUCUGGCUUUGGAAUGUCCAGACGGGGGAGUUGCGGACGAAGAUGAGUCAGUCCCAUGAGGACAGUCUGACCAGCGCCGCAUGGAACCCAGACGGGAAACGAUUCGUCACAGGAGGACAGCGAGGACAAUUCUACCAAUGCGAUCUGGAUGGUAACCUGUUGGACUCAUGGGAAGGGGUCAGAGUUCAGUGUCUGUGUUGCCUGAGUGACGGACGCACGGUUUUGGCCUCUGACACACACCAGCGUAUCCGCGGUUACAACUUCGAGGACCUGACGGACAGAAACAUAGUUCAGGAGGAUCAUCCAAUCAUGUCUUUCACCGUCUCUAAAAAUGGACGAUUAGCUUUGUUAAAUGUCGCAACUCAGGGAGUGCACCUGUGGGAUCUACAGGAUCGUGUGUUGGUGAGAAAGUAUCAGGGUGUCACGCAGGGUUUUUACACCAUACACUCCUGUUUUGGCGGACACAACGACGACUUUAUCGCCAGCGGCAGUGAAGACCAUAAGGUGUAUAUUUGGCAUCGGCGGAGUGAACUGCCCAUUGCGGAGUUAACAGGACACACUCGCACAGUUAACUGUGUGAGCUGGAGCUCAUCUCUGCCCGGCCUGUUGGCCAGCGCUUCGGACGACGGCACCGUCCGCAUCUGGGGCCCCGCCCCCUUCCUCGACACGCAGGAACUGGACGGACUUAACGAGAACUGCAGCAGCAUGGACAGUUGAUGGUGACUGUGGGACUGACUCAUGUCUUAUUGCGAAAAAGAGAAACAAUCGAAAAUGAGAGAAUGAAACUCAACAGCAUCUACAAACACAGAGCAUCACAGGAGGAUAAACGCACAGACGCAGAGAGAGAGAAUUCUGGGAAACUAAAUUUGGGUAGUGGGGAUUUUGUGAGUGGAGUUGUGAGUGUGAGGUUGAGAGAUGGAGAGAGUGUGUGAGAGAGAGCUUUCAGAGAUGGGGGAACUGGUCUAGGAACCACAGAGAAACCUAGUCAUGGUCCUGGUCUGAUCUGGAGAGAUCAGUCUACCCAGUUUUGUCUUUCUAACCCUCCAUUAGGCCCAGAACCAGACCAGGAGCCCCGAUUAAUGCCUCUCCCAGAAAACCCCCCUCAGCACUGGGCAUAAACACCACAUUAACUCCCUGCUCCUCCUAAGUCCACCCUUAGGGCCCAUUAACAGCUCCACAACAGGCUCUUUUACACCUGUGUCUGUGUGUGUGUGUGUUUUGGAUUGUGUGUGUGUGUAUAUCUGUGUAUGUAUGUGUUUAACCAAGAAGUAAGGGGAAGGUGAAGAAACAGGAAGGGGGGGGGGUGUUAAAACUUCCUUUUUCAUUUCUUCUCACACCCAAUGGUUCCAACACACACACACACAAACACACACACACACAUAGGGCAUUUUGAUCAGGGGGGCUAAAUAUGGUGGUUUGGUUGAGUUUUGUUUUGUAAAGCAAUGCCACAGGGUUUGACUGUGAUUAUUGACAGUUGAGUUGUGCGUGUGUGUGUGUGGUGCUGACAGAAUGCUUUAGCUUGAAGGGAAUUCUCUCAGCUACUUAGAUAUACUCACUACAUCUUACCAAACACCUCUGUCUCUGUAGCAGUGCACCUCUCUUUCUCUCUCUCUCUCUC